AUGGAGGCUAUCAAGGAGACCUUCCGGCGGUGUAAGGCCGAGAGCCGGCCCGCACUCGUCACCUAUGUCACGGCCGGCUACCCCCGUGCCGAGGACACCGUCGACAUCCUGCUUGGGCUCGAGUGCGGCGGCGCCGACGUUCUCGAGCUCGGCGUGCCCUUCACCGACCCCAUUGCCGACGGACCGACGAUCCAGACGGCCAACACACAGGCCCUGGUCAACAACGUGACCCUGACGAUGACGCUCAAGAUGGUGGCGGAUGCGCGCGCCAAGGGCCUGAGAGCGCCCGUGCUGCUCAUGGGCUACUACAACCCGCUGCGGGCGUACGGCGAGGAGGCGCUGGUGCGCGACAGCAAGCAGUCGGGCGUCAACGGCUUCAUUGUGGUGGACCUGCCGCCCGAGGAGGCCGUGUCGUUCCGCAAGCUGGUCAGCAGCGGCGGGCUGUCGUACGUGCCCCUGAUUGCGCCGGCGACGUCGGACGCGCGCAUGCGCAUCCUGUGCCAGCUGGCGGACUCGUUCAUCUACGUGGUGUCGCGCCAGGGCGUGACGGGCGCCAGCGGCACGCUCAACGCACACCUGCCGGAGCUGCUGGCCCGCGUCAACAAGUACAGCGGCGGGCGCCCGGCGGCCGUCGGCUUCGGCAUCUCGACGCACGAGCACUACCAGUCGGUGGCGGCGAUUGCCGACGGCGUCGUGGUGGGCAGCCAGAUUGUGACCACGCUGCGCAACGCGACGACGCCCGCGACGGCCACGGACCCGUACAAGGCCGUCGAGGCGUACUGCCGCUACCUGAUCCACGGCAGCCACGAGGCACAGCCCCCCAAGGCGGCCGCUGUCCCGUCGCCCGCCGCCGACGCGGCCAAGACGGUCGCCGCGCCCGAGGUCGCCGCGCCCGUCAAGGACGAGAAGACGGCCCAGGAGCUCGACAGCAACCUCGUGGCGCAGCUGGCGGCGCUGCACGACAAGAUGCCCGACCGGUUCGGCGAGUUUGGCGGGCAGUACGUGCCCGAGUCGCUGAUGGACUGCCUGUCACAGCUCGAGGACGGCUUCCACCAGAUUCUCAACGACGAGUCGUUCUGGAAGGAGUACCGCUCGUACUACGAGUACAUGGGCCGCCCGGGCCACCUGCACAAGGCGGAGCGCCUCACGCAGCACGCCGGCGGCGCCAGCAUCUGGCUCAAGCGCGAAGACCUCAACCACACGGGCAGCCACAAGAUCAACAACGCGCUGGGCCAGCUGCUGCUGGCGCGCCGCCUGGGCAAGACCAAGAUCAUUGCCGAGACGGGCGCCGGCCAGCACGGCGUGGCCACGGCCACGGUGUGCGCCAAGUUUGGCAUGGAGUGCACCGUGUACAUGGGCGCCGAGGACGUGCGCCGCCAGGCGCUCAACGUGUUCCGCAUGCGGCUGCUGGGCGCCAAGGUCGUGGCGGUCGAGGCCGGCUCGCAGACGCUGCGCGACGCCGUCAACGAGGCGCUGCGCGCCUGGGUCGUGCACCUCGAGGACACCCACUACAUCAUCGGCUCCGCCAUUGGCCCGCACCCGUUCCCGCGCAUCGUGCGCACCUUCCAGUCGGUCAUUGGCAACGAGACCAAGGCGCAGUUCCAGGCCCUGCGCGGCAAGCUGCCCGACGCCGUCGUCGCCUGCGUCGGCGGCGGCUCCAACGCCGUCGGCAUGUUCUACCCCUUCUCCGACGACCCCUCCGUCAAGCUGCUCGGCGUCGAGGCCGGCGGCGACGGUGUCGACACGCCGCGCCACGCGGCCACGCUCGGCGGCGGCUCGCUCGGCGUGCUGCACGGCGUGCGCACCUACGUGCUGCAGGACCACAACGGCCAGAUCCAGGACACGCACUCGGUGUCGGCGGGCCUCGACUACCCCGGCGUGGGCCCCGAGCUGGCCCAGUGGAAGGACAGCGGCCGCGCGCAGUUUGUGGCCGCCACCGACGCGCAGGCGUUCCUGGGCUUCAAGCUGCUGAGCGAGCUCGAGGGCAUCAUCCCGGCGCUCGAGUCGGCACACGGCAUCUACGGCGCGCUGGAGCUGGCCAAGACGAUGAAGCCGGACGAGGACAUUGUAGUGUGCCUCAGCGGCCGUGGCGACAAGGACGUGCAGAGCGUGGCGGACGGUCUGCCGGAGCUUGGCCCCAAGAUUGGCUGGGACCUGCGCUUUUGA